AUGCAUUACCACGCCUACUCCGCUCUGGACGUACACUACCACGCCCACUCCACUCUGCACGUGCACGUGCACUACCACGCCUACUUCACUGCACGUACACUACCACGUCUGCUCCACUCUGCACGUGCACUAUCACGCCCACUCCACUCUGCACGUGCACUGCGACGCCCAUUCCACUGCACGUGUACGUGCACUACGACACCCACUCCACUGGACACGUGCACGUGCACUACCCUGCCCAUUCCACUCUGCACAUGCACGUGCACCACCACGCCCACUCUACUCUGCACGUACACUACCACGCCCACUCCACUCUGCACGUACAUUACCACACCCACUCCAGUGCACGUGCACUACCACGCCCACUCCAUUUUGCACGUGCACGUCCACUACCACACCUAUUCCAAUCUGCACGUGCACUAA